AUGACUACCCCAUCCACCAAGCUCAACAGCGGUUAUGACAUGCCCCUCGUGGGCUUUGGCCUCUGGAAGGUCAACAACGAGACUUGCGCCGACCAGAUCUACCAUGCCAUCAAGGCUGGUUACCGUCUCUUCGACGGCGCCUGCGAUUACGGCAACGAGGUCGAGGCUGGCAAGGGUGUUGCCCGUGCCAUUCAGGAAGGCAUUGUGAAGCGUGAAGACCUCUUCAUUGUGUCCAAGCUCUGGAACAGCUUCCACGACGGUGACCGCGUCGAGCCCAUCUGCCGCAAGCAGCUGGCCGACUGGGGCCUUGACUACUUCGACCUGUUCAUUGUCCACUUCCCCAUUGCGCUCAAGUAUGUCGAUCCUGCUGUCCGGUACCCUCCCGGGUGGUUGUCCGAGAACAACAAGCUGGAGUUCAGCAACGCCUCCAUUCAGGAGACCUGGACCGCCAUGGAAUCGCUGGUCGACAAGAAGCUGGCCCGCAGCAUCGGUGUCAGCAACUUCAGCGCUCAGUUGCUGAUGGAUCUGCUGCGCUAUGCUCGUAUCCGCCCUGCCACCCUCCAGAUCGAGCACCACCCUUACCUCACCCAGGAGCGCCUGGUCACCUAUGCCCAGAAGGAGGGUAUUGCCGUGACUGCGUACUCCUCGUUCGGUCCUCUGAGCUUCGUCGAGCUGGACCUGAAGGAUGCUCACGAGACUCCCAAGCUGUUCGACCACGACGUUAUCAAGGGUAUCGCUCAGAAGCACGGCAAGACCCCUGCUCAGGUCCUGCUGCGCUGGGCUACGCAGCGCAACAUUGCCGUCAUCCCCAAGAGCAACGACCCCACUCGUCUGGCUCAGAACCUUGAUGUCACCGGCUGGGAUCUUGAGACCAGCGAGAUUGAGGUCAUCAGCUCCUUGAACCGGAACCUCAGAUUCAAUGACCCUCUUGCUCCUAGCCGGCUUGAUCCUAUUCCAGAUGACUAA